AUGCCAAAAAAAUUUAAAGGUGAAAAUACUAGAGUUACUGCAGCAAAAGAGCGUAAAGCAGCACACCAAGCAGAAAUUGCUUCUAAAAAACAGGUAGAAAAGGAACGUAAAGAAUCUCAAGAAUGGGGAGUAGGAGCUAAAAAUACUUCUAAACAAGAGGCACAAAGAAUUAAAAAAGCUCUAUUGGCCAAAAAAAAUGAAGCUGCAAAAUUGUUAGAACAAGAAGAGAAAGAAUUAUCAAAGUAUAAGCCUAUAUUAAAACCUCCAAAAGUAACUGGUGAAGAAAAAAAAGCUAUAAAAAGAACACAAAAACAAGAAGUUACUUCAGAAGAACGACGUGUGAUACCAGAAUAUUCAGCUUCAAAUAUCGAAGAUGCAAUAGAUUUACUUUCAGUUGCCACAGAAGCAUCAUUUCCUAAUGGCAAUCUAAAUAGUGUUGGAAUCUCAAAUGCUUCAAAUAAUAUUAUUGAAAAACAUCCAGAAAAAAGAUUUAAGGCAGCUUUGGCUGCUUAUGAAGAACGCGAAAUGCCAAGGCUUAAAAAAGAAAAUCCUGGUUUACGUUAUACACAAUUGAAUGAACUUUUAUUUAAAAAUUUUCAGAAAUCGCCAGAAAACCCCUUCAAUCAAACAAAUAUUAUUCAGUAUAAUAGUUCUAGAGAAGAGCAAAAGAAUUUAAUCGAGACGACUAUAAAAAAUGUCGAAGAUCGAUUAAAGAUUUGA